GCAGGCAAUGACUCAGGAUGCAGCCAGGGGCCACGACGUGCACGGAGGACCGCAUCCAGCACGCCCUGGAGCGCUGCUUGCACGGGCUCAGCCUCAGCCGCCGCUCCACCUCCUGGUCAGCUGGGCUGUGUCUCAACUGCUGGAGCCUGCAGGAGCUGGUCAGCAGGGAUCCAGGCCACUUCCUUAUCCUCCUGGAGCAGAUCCUGCAGAAAACCCGCGAGGUCCAAGAGAAGGGCACCUAUGACCUCCUCGCCCCCCUGGCCCUGCUCUUCUACUCCACUGUCCUCUGUACGCCACACUUCCCACCAGACUCAGAUCUCCUUCUGAAAGCAGCCAAAACCUACCACCGAUUCCUGACCUGGCCCGUUCCUUACUGUAGCAUCUGCCAGGAACUGCUCACCUUCAUCGAUGCUGAACUGAAGGCCCCAGGAAUCUCCUACCAGCGACUGGUGAGGGCCGAGCAGGGCCUGUCCACUAGGAGUCAUCGCAGCUCCACUGUCACCGUACUGUUGCUGAACCCCGUGGAGGUGCAGGCCGAGUUCCUCACCGUGGCCGACAAGCUGAGCACACCUGGGCCCUCCCCGCACAGCGCCUACACCACCCUGCUCCUGCACGCCUUCCAGGCCACCUUUGGGGCCCGCUGCGACCUCCCAGGUCUGCACUGCCAGCUGCAGUCCAAGACCCUGGCAGAGCUCGAGAACCUCUUCACGGAGACGGCAGAAGCACAGGAACUGGCGUCUGGCAUCGGGGAUGCAGCUGAGGCCCGGCAGUGGCUCAGGACCAAGCUGCAGGCGGUGGGGGAGACAGCCGGCUUCCUUGGUGCCUUAGACACUGCAAAACCUGGCAAGCUCCGUACCAUCCCCAUCCCUGUCGCCAGGUGCUACACCUACAGCUGGAACCAGGACAGCUUCGACGUCCUGCAGGAAAUCCUGCUCAAGGAGCAGGAGCUGCUCCAACCAGGAAUCCUGGGGGACGAGGAGGACGAGGAGGACUUGGGAACCGAGGGGCAUCGUGCUGAGAGGGACUCGCUGCUCUCCGCCGGCUCGGCAGCCUUGCACGACUCCGCCCUGUCCCUCGCCUCAUCCCAGGCCUCGGGACCCGCCCUGUCCCGCCGGUUGCUGACCUCCUUUGUCUCGGGCCUCUCCGACGGCAUGGACAGUGGCUACGUGGAGGACGGCGAGGAGGGCUCCUUCGAGUGGCCCAAGAGGCCUGGCAGCCAGGAACUCCGGGGCCACCGCAGGCCCGGGCAGAAGUUCAACAGGAUCUAUAAACUCUUCAAGAGCACCAGCCAGCUGGUGCUGCGGAGGGACUCCCGGACCCUGGAGGGCGGCCCGGACAGCGCCCCGCCCCUGCGGCGGGCCGGCAGCCUCUGCAGCCCCUGCGGCCCCCUGGACGGCCCGGCGCUGCCCCCGUCCCGGGCCCAGCGCUCCCGCUCCCUGCCCCAGCACGAGCGCGACCCCCAGCUGCCCGGCUGGCUCCUGGCCCCCGCCUCCCGUCACCAGCGCCGCUGCCCCUUCCUGAGCGGGGACGAGGACCCCGGGGCCUCCACGCUGCGCGUCGUGGUCUUCGGCUCCGAUCGGAUCUCGGGGAAGGUGGCCCGGGCGUACAGCAAGCUGCGGCGGCUGGAGAACAACCGUCCGCUCCUCACGCGGUUCUUCAAGCUCCAGUUCUUCUACGUGCCCGUGAAGCGGAGCCGCGGGCCCAGCGCCAGCGCCGGCCCAGCCCCUCGGAGCCAGACGCCGCCGCUCCCCACAGACUCCCCCAGGCGCCCCGGCCCGGCGGAGCUGGGUGCAGCCCCCUGGGAGGAGAGCACCAAUGACAUCUCCCACUACCUCGGCAUGCUUGACCCCUGGUAUGAGCGCAACGUGCUGGGCCUCAUGCACCUGCCCCCUGAAGUCCUGUGCCAGCAGUCUCUGAAGGCUGAGUCCCGGCCCCUGGAGGGCUCUCCUGCCCAGCUGCCCAUCCUGGCGGACAUGCUGCUCUAUUACUGCCGCUUCGCUGCCCGGCCGGUGCUGCUGCAGGUCUAUCAGACCGAGCUGACCUUCAUCACCGGCGAGAAGACGACAGAGAUCUUCAUCCACUCCCUGGAGCUGGGUCACUCUGCCGCCACACGCGCCAUCAAGGCUUCGGGUCCUGGCAGCAAGCGACUGGGCAUCGAUGGUGACCGGGAGGCCAUCCCUCUAACACUACAGAUUAUUUACAGCAAGGGGGCCAUCAGUGGACGCAGUCGCUGGAGUAACAUGGAGAAGGUCUGCACCUCCGUCAACCUCAGCAAGGCCUGCCGGCAGCAGGAGGACCUAGACUCCAGCACGGAGGCCCUGACGCUAAACCUGACAGAAGUGGUGAAAAGGCAGAACCCUAAAUCCAAGAAGGGCUUCAACCAGAUCAGCGUGUCGCAGAUCAAAGUGGACAGGGUGCAGAUUAUGGGCUCUAACGGCUGCCCCUUUGCCGUGUGCCUGGACCAGGACGAGAGGAAGAUCCUGCAGAGCGUGGUCAGGUGUGAGGUGUCACCCUGCUACAAGCCGGAGAGGAGCAGCCCCUGCCCCCCGCCCCAGAGGCCCUCGUACCUGCAGGCACAGGCCGCACCCGACCUCUGCCCCCUCCUCUGUCUCCCCAUCAUGACUUUCAGCGGAGCUCUGCCCUAG